GUCCAUCGUCAUACACUCAACAUCAUGCAAGACUUCAAAGAACGCAAGCUCGUCACCGAUCCCCAAAAGGCAUUCCACUUCACAGAUCUCCAAAGACUGAAGCCAACACGUGCAAACGACCCCUACGACUAUCAAGCGGGAUGGGGAAAUCGACAUCAAUCAGAGGUCAUUCCAGGCACUUUACCCGUUGCUCAGAAUAACCCUCAGGAAGUUCGAUUCGGACUUUAUACUGAAGGCAUCACAUAUUCAGCAUUCGCAGCGCCCCGCGCCCACAACUUUAGUACUUAUAUGUACCGAUGCCGACCCGCAGCUGCUCAUAAGGGCUACAUUCCGAUUGAGACAAAGUCGAAUAUCACAAACUGUUUCUUGUCCAUCAAUCCUAAAGUCGAGACGCUCCCUGAGCAAGCAGAAUGGCAUCCAUUUCCACUGCCAAAAGAAGAUGAGAAAAUUGACUUCGUCGAUGGCCUGCAUACACUCUGCGGCAGCGGAGACCCAAACAUCAAAGAGGGUCUUGCGCUAUACGUAUACAUGAUCAACUCGAGUAUGGAACAACGAGCAUUCUGUAACACCGAUGGCGACUUCCUUAUCUGCGCGCAACAAGGCAACCUUGACAUAAAGACUGAGAUGGGGAAGAUCUUCUUGCAACCUGGUGAGAUCUGUGUUAUACAGCGUGGUAUUAGGUUUUGCCUGAACUUGGCUCCGGAUACACCAGUGGCGCGUGGCUAUAUCACAGAAGUCUGGGGGUCGAUGUGGGAGCUUCCGGAUCUUGGCCCACUAGGUGGCCAUGGUCUUGCCAAUCCUCGCGAUUUCCUCUACCCGGUAGCCGCUAUCGAUGAUGAUCUGCACGUAGACUGGCAGAUCGUCAACAAGACCAACGGUCAGCUCGUGGCGAUACAGCAAGACCACAGCCCCUUCGAUCUUGUCGCAUGGCACGGUAACGUUGUUCCGUACAAGUAUGAUCUUACGAAGUUCUCUUCGCAAAACAGCACAUCCAUCGAUCACACUGACCCAUCGAUCUUCACAGUCCUCACAGCCAAAUCCCGUGAUCCUUUGACACCAUUAGCAGACUUCCUCUGGUUCGGUCCCAGGUGGGAUGUUGCGACCAACACUUUCCGACUACCCUACUUCCACCGCAAUUCCGCCUCCGAAUUCCUUGCCUGUCUAUACGGACAAGGUCUUGGAAGAAGCGACGAUUUCCGACCUGGUGGAGGUAGUUUUGAGGGCGGUCACACACCCCACGGUGGAUUUCAUGAGGGAUACCAACAUGGUAUGCGUAUACAUGAGAGCCAACCCGAGAAGAUUCUCACUGACCAAUUGACCAUCAUGGUCGAAUCAAGCCGUCUCUUCCUCUUUACUGAAUACGCUCGUAAGGGCUGCGGGACAAUCGAAACACGGGGAACCGACUACAAGGUUUGGGAUGCUCUUCCGGAUCGCUUCUCUGCCAACAAGAGAGCCCAAGAGUUACUGGCUCGAAUCAAGGACGACAAGAUUGCAGAGAAGAAGAGGCUUGCACCGUACUACUUCGGUGGGUUUUCGCAUGGCGCCAACACCAGUAACACAGAGGGUGUUCACGCUGAAGAGCUGAAGCAAUAUCUCACCUCCGACUCGAAGGCCAACGGAACAAACGGCGUCCAUGCAUAAAUGUUCUUUUGUGUUCUCAAUUUCGUGUCUCAGUCAAUUUAGCGAUGUAAUUGUGCGAGUUCCAACACUACAUGUACAUUGUAUAUACCGCAUUCAAUACUGUGCAAUGAAUACUGUCUCAACG